AUGGUGUUGGCACCAGAAGAAGAUCCUGUCCCACCUCCGCGCGCUUCGUGCAGCGAUGACGGAUUCCCAAACCCACCGUGGAAUUUGUCCGAUGCAGCACAAGUGAUGGAUUCGAACGAAAUGGAGGAGGCAGAAGAAAGAACGAUCGCUGCAACAAGAUCUAACCACGACUCGGAGAUUGGCCCCGAUGAUCUCAGGUCCCGCUACCGUCUCUGGAAGCUGCAACUCAAAAUCCGAGAUAUGAUCAUCGCCAAGACUCUGAAUGGGACUGGAACGGAAUGGACCUACGAACACCAACACAAAAGUAUCCGAAAUUUCGCUUAUUCUCAAGACGUCGUAACUAUUAAGUAG